AUUUUGAGCGCCACUUUAGCAACAGAGCUCAUUUCUAGAAAUGACUUGGCACCAUACUAGACCUAUUUUUGUUUCACUUUGUUUUUCCCUUUCACUUUGGUUAUAUAAAAGCAUAGGUGACAGUCAUGUCAGUUUGGCUUGAUCCAUACUUCAAAAGUGGUUCCUGUUUCUGCAGAAGCUCAUUGGUGUCAGUCCAGACUGAUGUGGGGGCUUUAUGUAUCUGGCAUGGCUCCAGGUUAUGCCUCUUUUUUUUGGAAACUUGAGUUGUUUCUGACAACUUUGUCUUUACCGCUGGCUUGGAUUAUUUUCUGUCUUUGGUGGCAGUGGACACCCUGAACCCAGCCAGUCCUGCGUAGAAGGACCUACAUGUUUAGAAGGUCCCAGAAACACCUGGACUUUUAUAUUGUUCUUAGGCUGAAAUGGGAUUUAAGAAGAACUGUAGGGUUGUCCGUGAGUCGGAAUCGACUUGAGGAAAGUGAGUUCGGUUUUUUUUUGGAUAGCGUUGUGAUGGCAACGGGAUGUAACCCCAAACCUGCAGAGUUCACCAGAACCAAAUUUAUAUUGAGCUAUGUGUGUCUUUGAUUUGCCUUCUGUUCCUCAUUGGUCAGUGGUUUACUGGCAGGUAAAUAUGGCAAGGAGUAUGCAAGCUCUAGAUUUGGAGAACUGAUACUUCUGGCCUGUAAUAUAUGGAAUUCAAGUUAUUUGUGAAGCUUUUCCAGUGUAGAGUUGAAAAUUAGGAAUGAGUAAGAAAUUUAGGCGCAUAAUACAUAUAUAACACUUUACAAAAUAUUUGAAAAAUUCAUUGUUUUCAUAUCCUUUCUGCCUCCAUUGCAACCUUCUACUUCUGAAUGUUUUGUCUUCCUUUAUUCUUUAUCUACUACUGUCCAAGAAGAAUAUUACAGUUUAGAAAAAUGGAAUGUCUCAUGAACAGAUGUUUGAUUACUACUAAUGGGUGUGAGCAAGUUAGAUGUUUUAUACCGGAGACUUCUCCUCACAAAACUUUUUAUCAGAGGAUGGGGAAGGCCAGAGGAUCUCAAAAGACUGUUUGAAUUCAGAAAGCUGAUUGGAAAUCGAGAAAGAUGCCAGCAUCUGGUUUCAAGUGAUUAUCCAGUUUACAUUGAUAAGAUUGAGGAGCAGUCAGACUGUAAGAUCCUAGAUGGACACUUUGUUUCCCCCAUGGCACAUUAUGUGCCUGAUAUCAUGCCAGUUGAGUCUGUUAUUGCAAGGUUCCAAUUUAUUGUGCCUAAAGAAUGGAAAAGCAAAUACAGACCAGUAUGUAUUCAUCUUGCUGGAACAGGAGAUCAUCAUUACUGGAGGCGAAGAACAUUGAUGGCUCGUCCUAUGAUUAAAGAAGCUCGAAUGGCUUCUUUGUUAUUAGAAAACCCUUAUUAUGGCUGCAGGAAGCCCAAAGACCAAGUAAGGUCCAGCUUAAAAAACGUGUCUGACCUUUUUGUGAUGGGAGGAGCUCUUGUUUUAGAAUCUGCAGCUCUCUUGCACUGGCUGGAGAGGGAGGGUUAUGGACCUCUGGGAAUGACCGGAAUAUCCAUGGGAGGACACAUGGCUUCCUUAGCAGUAUCCAACUGGCCUAAGCCCAUGCCAUUGAUUCCUUGUCUAUCUUGGUCCACAGCAUCUGGGGUCUUUACUACGGGUGUAUUGAGUAAAUCAGUUAAUUGGAGGGAGCUGGAAAAGCAAUAUUAUACACAAACAGUUUAUGAAGAAGAAAUUAUUCACAUGCUUGAAUACUGUGGAGUGGAUUCUUUCAAAAUGGGACAAGAGUUCGUGAAACAUUUUCCUAGCAGUGAAGACAAGCUAACUAACCUUAAUCUGUUUUCCAGAACUUUAAAGUUAGAUUUGACAGACCAAGUUGUGUCCCAAAAAUCUGCUGAGUGCCAUAGUUGUAAUAAAACAUCUUCUAGUACCACAUCAGAAGGACUCUUGUUGCAAGAUACCUCUAAGAUGGACUGCUUCAAUCAACCACUUCCAACCAACAAAAGUAGUUACAGAGGUUGCAGUAGUCAGUCGUACCACCUACUCAGUAAAGAACAAAGAAGAAGUCAUCUCCAGAAAGAAUCUUUAAAAUUUAUGAAAGGAGUCAUGGAUGAAUGUACUCAUGUAGCAAAUUUCUCAGUUCCAGUUGACCCAAGCCUAAUUAUAGUGGUUCAAGCCAAAGAAGAUGCCUAUAUUCCACGAACAGGAGUUCGAAGUCUACAAGAAAUUUGGCCUGGUUGUGAAGUCCGAUAUCUAGAAGGGGGUCAUAUUAGUGCUUAUCUUUUUAAACAAGGACUCUUUAGACGAGCCAUCUAUGAUGCAUUUGAACGCUUUCUCCAUAAAUAUGCUAACUAAUUGGAUCACUGUAUGUUACCAGUGUGGCCAUCAUGUGUCUUACAAAAAGGAGUUUUCAUCCUCUGAUGUGAAGAACAAGCAGACAGCACUAUAGAUUUAACUAUUUCAGUGUAAUCUGGAAUUCAGUGUUGCAGCUCAGUUAACUAUAAAUGUUAAAUACAUUUGAAUCACUUUAAACCAAUAUUCGGAUUAAAUAAUGUUGAAGUACUUUGCUGUUGUUUGUGGGAUCUCAUAUACUCAGUAUCUAGGCUGUUGUUACUAUUUAUGAAACUUUUAAAUUUUUAAUUAUGAAUAAUUUAUUAGUUUUAAAUAAAUUCACUCAGAAACCCUACUUUUUUUUUUUUUAAAUAAUAUUGUGUUU